UCAUUAAAGAUAUCCACGUUUUACAACCUGAGGAAGAGUUAAUCAUAUAUAUUUCCGUCUGAAUAUUUAAAUAUUAUAUUCUGGUGGGGUUUUUAUAGACAUUAAGCUGGUCUAACGUUCAUUCAGUUGUCAUCGUGAUACCGCUCAAAUGACAUCGUCGCUAUUCAAAUAGAAUCUACUCUGUUAUUUUCAUAAAUAUAUUUUCGCAUAUUUAUUUAUUGCAAUUAAAUUUAGCCAAAUAAUCACAAACAUCCAAAGAAUUUAAGUUUCACUGAAAAAAUAAAUUUUUAAAUAAAAUAGAGAAGGUGAAAAAAUUCAUUAAGAAGAAGACGAAGUAUAAAAAGUUAAAUAAUAAUAAUAUUAAAAUAUUUUUUAUUAGAAAAAUUACCGAGCAAGUUUUACUUUCACGCUUUGGCAUUUGUCGUGUUCUCGAUUGUACAACUAAAAUAUCGAAUCGUACAUGUGUGUACUUACACGAUAUAAUUGCGUAAUAUGAGUGUAUGAAAUAAAAAUACGGAGAGUGAGAAAGAUAAUGACAACAUAUUCGCACAAUGCGUGAUCUACCUAUUCACAUUGUGCAGAUCUAGCAUGGAAAUAAGUCAUUUAAUAAUUUAAGAUAAAUUAUAACACGACUCACAUUUUAUCCUAUGACAGGAUCUGAUUGUAUUGUGAGUUUUGAAGUAUAAAAUUGAAAAACAAGCACCGGAAUGUUUAAGAAGAUGCGCGCGCAUUGGGCUGACGGUUCACCACCACCGUGCGCUCAGGUUCAGGUGCAAAACCAGGAUGAGGAGGAAGAUCCAACAGGCAUUCAGUGUAACUUUACAACGCAAGCUGAUAGUUUGUACAACGACUUCAAGGACACGUCGACUAUGCCACCGUGUGUUACGUCCACGAUGAGUGUCGGUGACUCGAAUCAAAUGACAAUUUCCGCAACUGAGUCCGAGUUACAGGAUAAUAACAAUCAAGUAAAUACACCUGCAAGUGCUCCGAAAACUCAAGGUGCAGCGACUAUUGGAUGGAGUACACCUGUAAAAGAUAACAAAACUAUGAAAAGUAAUAAUUGUGACAGAGCACCAUCAAUGGCUAAUUGUUUAUCUACGACAGUUCCCGUUAAUUUGAAAGCCUCACAAAUCGCCGGAAGACAUACGCCUACUCGUAGUUCUUUGAGGCACAGUAGAAUGAUUGUUAUGCAUCGCACUGGUAACAUUCCAAGGAAAUCACGUCCUCCACUUCUACGUCGGCGUAAACUAUCAAGUACAUUAGCAGCGAUCCAAACAAUCCUUGGGAUAGCAGUGACCUCUCUAUCACUUUGGUUACUCUUAUGGGCACCAAAUUUGCCAUUUAUGGACAAUCCAUACUGGAGCGGAAUGCCGUUACUCUUCUCAGGAAGUUUCGGAAUAUGUUUGCUGUGCUGCUUCAAAAAAGAGUACCCAGGUUUGAGUCCAGGGUUCUGUUUAACAGCAACCAAAGUAAUGAGCUUCUUUCUGGCUGCGCUGGCAGCAAUAACGUGUCUAGUAGCCUGCAUCACAUCCGCAAUUCACCUGAUAAGACUGAGCGGAUUAGAAUGCACACCAGCGCGUGUAAUAAACGCGACGUGUGCAUGCAGAUCACGUAGCGAGCUUGCAAGUACCUCUGAGCCGGUUUUCAAGUACGUUGAUCUCAACUGUCCUGAAGUUGAAGGCGUCUUAACUAUUUUGCUAAUCUUCUCUUCGAUAUGUAACGCCUUGGGGGCAAUUAUCGCCGGAUGGUAUUGCUAUCUCCACUGGAGUACGCGCGACAAACGGCCUCAGUACUUUAAAGUGAGAUCGAGCUCACGAGCUCCUCUCGAUUCGAGGCCGAUUUACAACCCUAAUUUGAACAGACGAUGACACCCAUGAUAUAUAUUUUUUUAAUUUAUUAUAAUUACAAUGAUAAUUAUUAAUUAUUAAUUACCAAUACCAUCACAAGUAGUCUUAAUACGUCCAUUUUAGUCAUACGUCAAUGUUCAGUAUUUUAAUAAUAAAAUAAUAAUUGUAUAGUUACUAGUAAUUAAUUAAUAUUUAAUAAGAUUAAAAUAUGUAAAUGAUAUUACUGAUGUGGAGUGAACAAUGCUCAUUAG